AAGUUUCGUUUUCGUGAAAUGUGAGCGCAGUGAAGAAGUGAAAUAAGACAUUUAUCCAACUUCCUCCUUUAACACAGCAUCAAUACUCCCCCGUCCACUGAGCAGCUGAAGAGCAGGUGUUUGCAUCAUGGACCAAUUUGUUAUCAGUUUUUUAACUAAAUGGGGCUUCACCGAUUUGAUACAGACAUUUACAGACCAGGAAGUGGACCAAGAAAGUUUGCUCUGUCUAGAAGACUAUGAUAUUGACCGCUUAAUACCAAAAGCAGGACCAAGGGCCAGAUUCAAAAAAAGACUUCGAGAGUUACAGGCUGCCACUCAUGGGGGGAACAGAGGACAGGAGGACCUUGGGGGUAGAGCAACUGUUCCUUCACAUCAAGAGACACUCAUUUCGGGUGCCUCUGGGAUACCACCUGAGGAUUUGCCAUCUUCAAGUACAGCAAGGGAAAAUGAACCGAGUGUUGUAAAAAGGAAAGGUCCACAGCCUAAGGCAGACAGCCCUGCAAAACUCAAACGACAAUGUGACAUUGCACCAGGAUUAUUCGAGGAUGACUUCAUACUGAAUGAAGUGACAGACAUUAUGACAAGGGUCCACGACACAUUGAGUAAUCAUAAGAACUCCAAACUCAAUUCUUUUUUAAGAAAAAAAAUUUGGGACUUGCGUUCAGAUAGAAGGGACCUGGUCGGGGUCUUUGGUAAAACUGGUGCAGGAAAAAGCUCUUUGAUUAAUGCUAUUGUUAAAGAGAAAGAUCUUUUGCCGACUGGAAGUCUGUUUGCAUGCACCACAGUCAUGAUCAAAGUGGAGGCUACACAAAACAAGAAAUAUGAAGCAGAAAUCGAGUUCAUCUCUAAAAAGGAAUGGGAAGAUGAGCUGUGGUCUUUGAAAAAUCUUUAUGGCGAAAUCCCAGAUGAAGAAAAGACAGAUGACGAAGAAUGUAAUGAGAUUAUUGAAAAAAUGACUGCUCUUUAUGGAGAUGAGUGGAAAGACAGAUCUCAUAAGAACUUGAUGGAGCCUAAAUAUUUUAAAGAAAUUCCAGAAUUUCUUCAGUAUGGAAGAAAGAUCAUCCAAGUCAAAGGGGCACAAGAGUUGGCGGCAAAACUUCUCAAAUACACCAGAAGUGACUCCAAAGAUGGACAAAGAUGGUUCUGGCCCCUGGUGAAGUGUGUGACUGUGAGAGUACCAAACAAUGACAUUCUUAAACACGUUACUCUAGUAGAUCUACCUGGAAAUGGAGAUCGGAAUAAGAGCAGAGAUCAGAUGUGGAAAGAGAUUGUUGCCAGUUGUUCAGCUGUAUGGGUUGUGUCUGAAAUGAACCGAGCAGUAGCUGAUAGAGAUGGUUGGGAGAUUCUAGAGAGUACAUGUAACCUCAUGGGGAAUGGUGGUGAAUGUCAGAACAUUUACUUCAUCUGCACCAAGUGUGACCAAGAGGCUGACGACGGCACCACAGACAGCAUUUUGAAAAGAAACUUAAAGGCCAAGGAAAUUGUGCGAAAAGAAUUCAAUAAACUUCAUACAGUCAAGAAACAAUUCAAAGAUGACUGCUUUGAAGUUUUCACUGUGAGCUCGAAAGAAUUUUUCAAACAAAAAAAACUCAAGCCUGAUCAAACUGAAAUUCCCAGUCUUCAAGAAUUCCUUCGAAGUCUAAAUAACCAGCAUGAUCAAACUCUGAACUAUGUCAGUGGAGCAUAUGGGAUUCUGUCUCUAAUCAAAGGAGCAAAACUGGGAAAUGUGGAUCCUGUUCAGAGUGCACGGGUGCCUGAGAUCCUAAAUGAAAUCAUAGACCGUGAGCUUCGGAAAGUCAAAAGAUCCAUGGAAGAUGUGUUUGAGGUGUUUAAAACCUGCCUGAGCAAGGGUGUGGAGGAGUCUGAGACCAAGUCUGAACUGGCCUUAAACAGGAAACUAAACCCUAAAGGGAAAGGUGCUGGCCGAGGUUUUCACAGGCAACUGAAAUGUGCAUUGGAAAACAAUGGGGUUUACAAAACUAAGAAGAAACAAAUCAACCUCAGUGAAACAAUAUCACAGUUUCUGACGGACAGCAUUGAUGAAGAAUUCAGGAGAACUUUCCCAAAUGAUGCAAAAUCUGGGCCUUUAUAUGGAGUAAUUCAUCAAUUUUCAGUUGACACAAACAGACUGGUUCAACAGUACAAAACUUUUGAACUUCAGCUGACAUUUAUCAGCACAGAGGUCUCCAAGGUUAAGACAAAACUUUGCAAAGACAUUCGUGAUCGCAAAAAGCGUAUCUACAGCAGUGUGACAGAGACCGUGCAACGGACGAUGCAAGAAUGUUACGAAAAAGCAGCAACUUUCAGAGGCCCAGGCAGUUUAGAAAAUAUGAAACAUGAGGUUGAAACGCACUUCCGUGAUGUAAAGGGCACAAUGUUUGACAAGACAAAAGCUGUAGUGUUGAAACAGCUGAAGAACCUGAUGGAUAAUGUCCAGAAACAGCUGAUGGACACUCUGCAGGAAUCUAUUGAGCUGUCAUUCAAAACUGACCAUCAGUUAAUCCCAGAUUUUGAAGAUGAGUUUAACUUGGUGAAGAAACGCUUAGAUGACCUGAAGAAUCAAAAUAAAGAAGACCAGGUUUUACCUUGGCCUGAUAUGUUGGACUGAAGCAUGUUGUGAGCGGAAGCAGUGAAGAUGAAUUGAGCCAGCCACAUUUAACCAGACAAGAGCAUGCAAUAAUGGAACUCAAGACAUCUUAUGUGUUUGACAUCUUAGUGUCAAAACUCCUUUUUUAAUAUUUACUGACACUUGCAUCAUACCAGUGUUUUUAAUUGAAUAUAUGUGUGUCUCAGUCCAUGUUAUAAUACUUCUAAUAUGUGGGGAAUUGGAUAAUCUGAGUGUACUUCUCACAUCUUUAAUUUACUUAUUUUUUAGCUUUGUGUUUUUAUCCAUAUAUAUUUUACUGAUACAUUAUUUGAUUGUGCCUAAUUAAAAAUAACAGUUAUUAGCUAUAUUUUCUUUUCUUAUAUACUCCCAUAUAAGCAAAUGUUAUCCAGCAGAAGGUGCUAACCUAUAGUAAACUACUCAAACUUCACCAUAAUGUAAUUUUUCUUUUCUUUCUUUUUAUUAACUCAAAACAGCUUAGUGUGUCAGGUGAUGUCUAUGGACGAGUAUGCCAGUUUCUUGUAUUUUACAUUCCCGUUGUUAUUUUUACAUGUUUGCUUACCCUACUAAAAGCAAUGCUUAUUUUUUCCUGG